AUGGCCAUGACCAGGACUGCUGUACUAAACAAGAGGCUGUCUUUGUUGCGGGCGAAUGUAUAUUUAUCUAUGCAUGUACUCAAGGGUUCAGAUUUACUGAAGAUAUCAAGCCUAGGGAUGAAGAAGCAUAGUGCAACUGCAAUCCCACACCCACAAUUUCUCUUGCUGCUCAUGGCAUGCUGUGCACGUGUUGCCAUCUGCUCCUUGGACCGAAACAGCACAGAUAGGCUGUGGCUGCUGGAGUUCAAGAAGGCCAUCACCAGUGAUCCACAGCAAGCCUUGGUGUCCUGGAAUGACACCACCCAUUUCUGCAGCUGGAAAAGUGUCCAGUGUAGCGCCAAGCACCCAAAUCGUGUCACUUCUCUUCGUCUUCAGAAUCAAGGCUUAGCUGGACCGAUCUCCCCUUCGCUUGGAAACUUAACAUUCCUGAGAAUCCUGAUCCUAUCGACUAAUUCAUUCACUGGAGAGAUCCCUCCAUCCCUUGGUCAUCUGCAUCGCCUCCAAGAGCUCAACUUGAUUAAUAAUACGCUACAAGAUUUGCCUCAUGGCCUUCAACAGCUGAUACUUGGGUAUAAUAAUCUGACUGGAACCAUUCCUGAUUCUCUUGCCAACAUCACAGCACUGUUUGUGUUUGGUUUUGAAAGUAACAGCAUUGAAGGGAGCAUCCCAAGUGAGUUUGCAAAGUUGUCAGGGCUGCAAUAUCUGUACAUGGGUGGCAAUAAUUUUUCUGGCAGUUUUCCACAGCCUAUCCUUAAUCUUUCUAGCCUAACUGAACUGAAUGCGGCCGACUGUGAUCUAAGUGGAGAUUUACCACCAAAUAUUGGCAACUCUCUUCCCAAUCUUGAAAUGCUCGAGUUAGGCUCCAACUUUUUCCUUGGGCGUAUCCCACCUUCUUUCACAAAUAUUUCCAUGCUGUACCUUUGCGAUAUAUCAAGGAAUAAGCUCACCGGAGUUGUGCCUAGCUCCAUUGGUAAACUUUCUAAAUUAACUUGGUUAAAUCUUGAGGUAAACAAAUUACAAGCAAGUAACAAUCAAGACUGGGAAUUUAUGAAUAGUUUAGCAAAUUGCACUGAGCUACAAGUGUUCUCACUAUCGAUGAAUCAGCUAGAAGGCAAUGUACCAAAUUCAGUGGGCAACCUUUCCAGUCAACUCCUGUUUCUACAGUUGGCAUAUAAUCAACUGUCAGGGGAGUUUCCUUCUGGUAUAGCAAACCUUCACAAACUGAUCAGUGUAGCACUGAACGUCAAUAAAUUUAUAGGUGUAGUUCCAGACUGGAUUGGAACUCUCAGAAAUCUACAGAAAGUAACACUAAACAACAAUUUCUUUACCGGGGCCAUUCCAUCAUCCUUUUCAAACAUGUCUCAGUUAGAACAACUCUAUAUAGACUCAAACCAGUUCGAUGGAAACAUACCUCCGAUCCUAGGAAACCUCCAAACACUUGGAUCACUGAACAUUUCCAACAACAAUCUUCAAGGCAACAUACCAAAGGAGCUCUUCAGAAUUCUAACAUUAAGGGAGAUUACCUUAUCUUUCAACAACCUACAGGGACCACUUCAUGCCGACAUCGGCAAUGCCAAACAACUCACAUAUUUGGAUAUUUCAUCAAAUAACCUAUCUGGAAACAUUCCUAGCACUCUUGGUAAUUGUGAAAGUUUAGAAGAUAUCGAGAUGGGACAUAAUGCUUUCAGCGGAAGUAUCCCCACUUCACUAGGCAAUAUGACAAGCCUACAGAUUCUCAACAUGUCUCACAAUAACUUGACUGGUCCAAUACCAGUGUCUCUUGGCAGCCUACAACUUCUUAAGCAACUUGAUCUAUCAUUCAAUAAUCUUGACGGUGAGGUGCCACCAGCAGGGAUCUUCAAGAAUACAACUGCUAUACAGAUUGAAGGAAACCAGGAGCUUUGUGGUGGACCGCUGGAGCUACACCUGCCUGCAUGUCAUGUCAUGCCUUUGGAUUCAUCUAAGCACAGGAUAUCAGUUGUACAGAAAGUAGUGAUCCCAGUGGCCAUAGUGGUGCUACUUUCUGUAGUCAUUUCUGUUGUGUUCUUCAUCCGGAGGCAAAAACAGAAGACAGAAUCCAUUUCUUUACCCUCUAUCGGGAGAGAAUUCCAGAAAAUUUCUUACAGUGAUAUUGUCAGAGCAACAGGGGGUUUUGCAGCAUCCAAUCUAAUUGGUCAGGGAAGAUACGGUUCUGUUUAUAAAGGACAGUUGUUUCGUGACGCAAAUGUUGUUGCCAUCAAGGUCUUCAGUCUGGAGACGAGAGGAGCACAAAAGAGCUUUAUUGCAGAAUGUAGUUCUUUGAGAAAUGUCCGGCACCGCAAUCUGGUACCUAUCUUAACUGCAUGCUCAACCAUCGAUUCUACUGGAAAUGAUUUCAAGGCCCUAGUAUAUGAGUUCAUGCCACGAGGAGAUCUGCAUCACUUACUGUACUCAGCUCGAGACGGUGGGGAUGAGAACUCUCAAGUUUUGAACAAUGUUUCACUGGCUAAGAGGUUAAGCAUCAUUGCAGAUGUAUCAGACGCUUUGGCGUAUCUACACCACGAGCACCAAGGAACCAUUGUGCACUGUGAUCUGAAACCGAGCAACAUUCUUCUGGAUGGUGACAUGGUAGCUCAUGUUGGAGACUUUGGUCUAGCAAGGUUCAAAUUUGAUUCCGCAACAUCAGCUUCUACUAGUGACACAAAUUCGACCUCUUCAGUUGCCAUCAAGGGAACCAUUGGAUAUGAUGCUCCAGAAUGCGCAGGGGGUGGUCAGGUUUCCACUUCCUCGGAUGUCUACAGCUUCCGAAUCAUUCUCCUAGAGAUAUUCAUACGGAGGCGGCCAACAGACGAUAUGUUCAAGGAUGGGAUAAGCAUUGUAAAGUUCACAGAGAACAACUUCCCUGAUAACGUGUUGCAAAUUGUUGACCCACAGCUGCUGCAAGAGCUGGACCUCAGCAUGGAGACGCCAAUGGCCAUCAGGGACAGUGAAGCACAGAUCCUGCAGUCUGUUAUCAACAUUGGACUCUGCUGCGCCAAGACUUCACCCAACGAGCGCAUCAGCAUGCAGGAAGUGGCUGCCAAGCUGCACGGGAUCAGGAAUGCAUAUCUUAGCAGAAACUGA